AUGUCCUGUGUCACCAACACCUCUACCAACGCCGGUGACACCCUCGACGAUGGUGAAUCCCUCCUCGACGGCAUCGCCUCCCUCUUCGUCGAUGACAUCCAGCCUCUGCCGAUCCCCAUGGCUGCGUACGCCACCGUCUCCGUACAGGCGCACGUUCCCAUCAAGUUGGAACUCCGCUCCUCCAACUACACCAAGUGGAGCAACUUCUUCGAGGUCAUGUGCGGCAAGUUCGGCCUCCUCUAUCACAUCACCAGCGCUCCUCCUGAUCCGUGCACUGAUGCCUGGAACGAGGAAGACUGCGCUGUCCGCAGCUGGCUCUACGGCUCCGUCACCGAGGACGUCCUCGACUUCACCAUGACAGCCAACCAGACUGCGCGGGAACUUCGGGUCGCCAUCGCCAACCACUUCCAGGCGAACAAAGCCCCUUGCGCCAUCUUCUUGAGUCAUGCGUUCCAUGCCCUUACUCAAGGGGAUAUGUCCAUCCAUGAGUACGCCCAAGCCCUGAAGAAGGCCGCCAAUGCACUUCAGGACAUCGACAAGCCCGUCGCCGACUCUGAGAUGGUGCUGGCCCUUCUCGCCGGCGCUGAUCCUCGCUACAGCACCACUGGAGAAAUCAUCACAGGCGAGGCGGGCAUGACCUUCGUCAAGGCCGUCGAUCGCCUCGCCCUCCAGAAGCUGCGCCUGGCAAAUCAUGCCAAGAUGUCCGUGUCGUCCGCUUUGGUCGCCUCUUCUUCGACGGGGUGCGGUUCCUCCUGCCAGUCUGCGUCGUCCUCGACCUCCGUGAUGCAGCCACACCCCAAUCAGCAGCAGCAGCAGUGUCCGCCGCAGUAG